UGCAAAGUUCAUGUGAAAUGGCCUUUAUUGUCUUGACUAAGCCAACAAGAUGUUGUAGCAAUAGCAUUCUGCAUUUUUGAUAGACUCUGUGCCUUGGAAAGAAAUGUUUCAUCACUUCUUGGUUCAUGCAGCUUUUCAGAGCAGCAGAUGGCUUCCACGUAACCAACGGCUGAAAUUCCAAAUAGUCCUUUUUAUUUUUGUGGUGAUUUUUUUAACACCCCAGUUUUACAUUCUAACAAGGCCAAAAUCUUCCCGUUACUGUGAAAAGCCUCUCUUGAACAACCUCAUAGCUCUCAUUGUGUUUUCAGUCAUGGCUACAGGCUUAGCAGUGAUCCUUACUCUCACUGACCCUGUACCCAAGAGUAUCAGAUCAGCUUAUCACACAUUCGGAUUGCUCUCAUUCACCCAGGGACUUUGCACCAUCAUUCUGACCUUCCGUGCUCCCCAGUGUGAGAAUACCACACCAGAGCUCUAUCUCUUUUCACUGGUAUUUUCAUGGGCUUGUAUCAUAUCAACAGCAUUCUUCAUGAUAAGAAGCUGCCUUUGGAUGUUCUAUAGCCAGUGUCCAAACUGGCUCAGAGAAACAUGCCUCUAACCUGGAGUGUGAACCACGGUCCGGCUCACUGCUUCAUAUACCCUCAUGUAUUAUUCAAUGUCUCCUGUUGAAUUUGAGAUAGGUCUUCAGCUAAACUUGGGGAGCUCCUGUUACAAAGGAUAUUGGUUUACAGUGCUGUCCAAAUGUCUUAAAAGUGAAAUGGCUUUCAUAGCAAGACAAGCAACGUAACUCCUUCUGCAGAAGCAAUCAUUAUAAAUGUACAAAUAAAUGCAAAAAAUUA